UCAAUCAUACCCCCACAAAAUUUGCAUUUUAAAUUUGGCGCCGUUCGGCCGGCGGCUUGCUACAUUAUCGACUGCAGCCUUCCUAUACGAGAAGUUAUUGUGCUUUUUCUCUCCUAUUUUAUUGUUAAUUUUCCGGAGGUAUCUCAACAUCUGACCAGAUGCAUACUAUAAAACUACAGAGUUCAGAUGGAGAAACCUUUGAGGUCGACGUGGAAAUUGCUAAAUGCUCCGUCACCAUAAAAACAAUGUUGGAGGACUUGGGCAUGGAUGACGACGAAGAAGAAGUCGUACCUUUGCCCAAUGUCAAUUCAGCAAUUUUACGCAAGGUUAUUCAAUGGGCUACUUACCACAAAGAUGACCCGCCACCACCAGAAGAUGAUGAGAACAAGGAGAAGAGAACCGAUGAUAUAUCGUCUUGGGACGCCGAUUUUUUGAAAGUCGAUCAAGGAACGCUAUUUGAAUUAAUAUUGGCCGCUAAUUAUUUGGAUAUUAAAGGUCUGCUCGACGUGACAUGCAAAACUGUAGCGAACAUGAUUAAAGGCAAGGCACCCGAGGAAAUUCGUAAAACGUUUAACAUCAAAAACGACUUCACCGCUUCAGAGGAAGAACAAGUGCGAAAAGAGAAUGAAUGGUGCGAAGAAAAAUAAAUUAUUUAUUUUAUUUACUAUUUUUUAUAAGUAUAUACCAUUAUAUAUAUAUAUCGGGUUAUACACAUCUAGAAUUGAUAGAAUUUAACUGAUUUCCUUUUGAAUCUUUGUUAGUUUCUAUAACCAAAUAUGCGCAUUUCGUAUUAUGUUUUCUGAAUAAUUCUCACGCGUUUCUUUAUUGUGUGUCCUUAAGCAGUUUUGUCAACGUGUUUUAUUAAACUAUUUUAAAUAUA